UGGCGGUUUAUUAGUUGCACGCGGCACGCGUAUACAUACCGCGUCGCGGCAAAGAGGUCGCGCGCGUCAGUCAGUCGCCAGCGGCACUUGCCGUGGUAGUGUGUUGCGUCGUAGCGCAGGAAGUCGUCUCGGAUUGUGUGAGAAAGCGUGCCGUGCGACGAACGUGAGAGAAGCUACGACGGCGGGGCUACGGGCGCAGCAUGGAGUCGCACACGCCGAAGCGGGGGUCGCAUCCCCCGGCGGAGGUGUUACCUUGUAGCCCGCCGAUGGCCGACACGACUCUCUACCCGUGGAACUGGAGCGAGGAGGCGCGCAACGUGAACCUGAGCCCCGGCAGCUCGUGCUCCUCACCGGAGUACAGGGAGCACGGCGUGACGCCGGGCAGACGCACCGACGCCAGGCACUCGCACUCCGCCGCCACGGAGAGUCACCGGCGUGGCCGGCCGCGCGCUGACGCUCUCACGAAUCUCAUGAUGCAGGGCAGCACUUCGCCGAGCAGCAUCAAGUGCACCUACUGCAACCGGGUAUUCCCGCGCGAGAAGAGCCUGCAGGCGCAUCUGCGUACUCAUACAGGAGAACGUCCAUAUCCAUGUGACUAUCCUGGCUGUACAAAGGCCUUUACACAGUCAGGGCAAUUGAAGACUCAUCAACGACUGCAUACAGGAGAAAAACCAUUUUUAUGUACCGAACCAGGCUGUGAAAUGAGAUUCACCCACGCUAACAGACACUGCCCUGAGCAUCCUUAUGCUACGCUCACAAGAUCAGACGACUUUGUACUGAAGCCAGUGUCUGAGAAUACAGAUUUGCCACAUGAUGUUACUCGAUGGUUAGAGCGUUACAAGAUGUCCAGAGAACGGGAAGAUAGGACACCGACCGGGAAGAAUGAACGGAAGAAGACGUGGAAGAGCACCGUUGAGAACCAUAGGAGAGUAAAGUCCUCCAGGAAAGGCUUAAUGAUGGAUACCGCAGGCGAGCAGGAGAAUCUCGAUCGCAAACCACCCAAUCAAAGAUUGUACUGCGGGGAAAGUCAUGAUAGUCAGGAAGAGAGCCAAGACGAAGACACGACGGAGCCAUGCGCGAUACUUCAGAUGUCCGAAGAUGAGGAAGUGCCAGCUGUCAAGUCCGUGAUCGCACCAUUGAACACAUCCUUGGACAGACUACAACCAAAGAAGCGGUGGCUACGAGAGGCUUGUCUGGAGCAGCAGCUGGCGAAGCCUCUGAAUUGGGACGUCAAGUCCGAUGUAACAUCCAUAUACAAGAUCGACGAGAAGCAUUCAUUCAACGAUUGCACCGAAUCGUCCGAGUUGCGAUGGAACAUUACACUGAACACGCACAACGAACCGGCGAACUCACCAUCGGAUAUUUCAUAUGCCUCCCCUUACUCCUAUUGUUGCGACAUGAAUCUGAACGAGGAAUCUCCAAAAGCGAUAGCGAUCAAGCAAGAGAAUACAUACGACGUCGUUCACGCUCUAAAUCAAUCACCGUGGACAGAGUCGCUAGACAGCUCGAGCAGUCUGUUGCAGAAGUUUGAGGAUAAUAUCGAACGGGUCAAUGCGGAGAUACAAUGUAGAUCAGACCAUCAACCUGCCUUGGAUAUGAAGCAGUACGCCCAGCAAGAGCUGGCUAAGUCUCACAUCAAUGAGAAUGAGACCAGGCCGACAGUGCUGAUGUUGGCCGGGAGUUCGAGUAACGUCAGUGGUAAAGAGAUCGUUUCAAAACUGCCUACGAUGGACGCCCAAGGAACGGAAGCGGAAGUUGUGAAACAGGAAGACAAUACAAUUGAGUUACCGAUACAAGACAAUAAGAAAUGGCUAGGUGCUUUAGCGCUGAUGGAAUUGGCUAAGACACAAGAAGAGUCAGGCGGAUCUCUGAGUCUAAAGUCGACGACUCCUGAACGAAAUUGUAGCCAUUUAUAAACUGUGAUUACUGUAACUGCAGUUACUGUAACUUUGUUAUUUUUAUACGCAGGAAGAUAAAUAAAAGCCAACUCCCUUCUCACAUGCGCGCGGUGUGGAGAUAUGGCCGAUUUUUGUCGCCGAACAAUCGUACAAACGUGGUUUUUCUACUGUGAAACACAUCUGUUUCCUUUCGAUGAUUAUUGCCUUAAUGGAACGAACUGAAUUAUUACCUUAAUUCUUAAUUAUUAUCGUCAUUCUCAUGUGAACGAAAUGUAUUUUAUAUUUUAUUUUAUGUGUUUUAUGAUUCCGAUACUUUCCUGAGUUUUUUAUUUUGUAAGCUUGUGCAGUACCGUAACUAUACACUCGCAAAGCCAGAAUCCGGCAAGAAUUGUUCUCAGUUUUCCUCUGCAUGAAGUUUGAAAGUUUCGUGAAACAAAUGUGUCUCAUAGGAUUAAAUCUUAUUACUUUUAUCUUGCAUAAUAAUCGCUUUUCACAUGUCAAAUGUUCAUCGAUUUGAAAGAGUAUUGUAAUGACGUUUUGUUUUCUAGCCGAUGUAACGCGGAAGCGAGAUAUUCUGUUUGUAACACUGAAACAAAUGAAAGGCAUGAUGCAAAUGUAUUUUUCUUUCUACACUAGUUUACUGUUGUGAACUUAUUAUCAUAGGGAUUUGUGUGAUACUUAUGUUAAGAAUAAUAAUAAAUUCUUAUGAAGAAAAAAAAUGUCGAAAAUGUUGAAUUGAGUUUUUGUAAAGUAUUUAAUUAGAGCAAAAUCAGUUACUAUUUAUAAAGUAUAAUAAAGAGAUAAAGCGGGA